UGUACGCUAAAAUAUUAAAUUGCCGGCUUUAGUGACUCAUGGACGUUUCUAUGCGCAGUUUAUGUUAUAUGCUCUUCAAGUAGACGUCAGAAUAUUGUAUGCAGAGAUCAGUUUAAUUGAAUAAUUUCAUUAAAAGUAUUCAUAAUAAUAUACUAAUAGUGACAAAAACCGAACCGUGGUUGUGCACAAUAUCAUUGAAUUCGUUUUAAAUUAUAAAUGUCAAUAAAAUACUCAAUAAUUUAUUUUAAUAAUAUGAUAAACACACAAUCAAAUGUUUUUCUUCAUGUGCCUAGUUUGAAUAAAACGAUGGACAGCUACAUUUAUGGGGAAAACGAAAAACGAGCGUGAUGCCGAUCAACGGCAACGCGUUGGCCAAGUACUUGGUCAUGGUGUCGCAAGUGAUCGCUUGGUGUACCGUCAGUGCGAUGUUGUUACGGAGGGGCCUGAAUCAGGUGAAUGCAGCAUCGCAGCAGCCGCCGUCGUCAUCGUCGUACGGUGGCAACAAACCUUACGGUGGUCCGGACACAACAUUCGGCGACAGCAACGCGACAUCGACCGCGGCUACGGACUCCGACCACCAUCAGCAUGGGACGUCGGUGGCGGCGGAAAAGUCGUUUGGCGAAAACGGUGCGCCUGCCGUGGUGGCGGGCGUAGUAAUGAUUGCGAUCGCGGUGAUCAUGUUGAUCAUCAGCCCUACGAUUAUGGUGAUGAAAAUGAUAGAGAAACGCAAGAAAAGGAUCCUGGACACGGAAUUAGAAUCUCCGCCUAAGUACGAAGACGUGGUAGAAAGCGCCCCAAGAUAUUCGUCGUUAUUUGUAUUUAAUAAUGAUGGUGAAAUGGCAUUGGUGUCUGAAAAUAUACCACACAAAGAAAUGGAUAAUAUUCAAAAACAACUUGUUUGAAAUAAUUAAUUUUAUAUUAUAUUAUCUACUACAAUAUACUUACACUGCCACUACAUCGAUUGGCCUAAAUCUACAGAUAGUCAUCAGACAGUUAUCCAAAAAAUAUUAUUUAUUCAUGGUAUGAUUUAGCGUAUAAACCUUAACUUAUAAGUUAAAACACAUAAACGGGAGAAUAUUUUUAAUUAAAAGAAAUAAAAGAAAUAUAUAUAAAAUAGUUAUAAUUUAUGCAAUAAAUGUAUAUAAAAGUGUUGUAUAUAUAUUUUUUAUAUGUAUUAAUAUUAUAUUUUAUAUUUUCCAUGUAUGAUAUUUGACAUUUUAUUACAAUUUGUAAUAUUUCAUGCAAUAUUGUUAAAUUUAAUCUUUUUUUGAAAUCAGCAACAGCUAACAUUAAAAUUUUUUUGCAACAUUUCGCAUAAAAUUGAAUGAGUUGAUUAUAUCUAUAUAAAAAUUGUUUUUUCUAAUGUUUAAUUGAAAUUUAAUAAUAUAUUAAAUAGAUACUUACCAAGGGUAUACCAAACUAGAUAAUAUUUUCUACCAAAAACCCCAUUAAAAUUGAAUAUACAAACACAUUUGUUCAGCAAAACGUCAAGAAAAACAUAAUAAUAAUAAAAACCGGGAAAGUCACUCUCUAUCGUAUAAUACGGAUCAAGUAUAUCUCGUCAUUGGGUAAAUAACCAUAAUGGAUAUGAUAAAUUUGUUGAAUUUGAAUUCAAUGAUAAAACAUUGAAUACGAUGAAAAACAAUUUUAGCGGUGAAGAUCUGUUAGCCUACAUAAUCAAUGUCUACAAAGUAAUACGCAAUUUUGGUAAAUUUCUAUAAAUUACCUAUUAUGCUAUGUAUUUUCAAUAUUUUAUAAUUGCUGUAAGAAAAAAAAAAUUACUUCUUUCAUCUGUUAUUUUUUAUCCAAACGCAGAAUGUUAAUAGUUGGUUAUAUUCAGUUUAUACUAAUAUAAAUUGUGGAACUUAUGUAUAAUUUACAAUCCAUAUAAAAUAAAUGUACUAUAGAUCUUUCCUCA